UCUGCACCUACUGAUAUAGAUAAUAUGACUGAGCAGACUGUAAAUGAGAUACAUUCAAAGGUGUUGCCUAGAGAUGUGAACGUCAAUACCGGUAUAGGUUCGAGUGCCUGUGUUAAAGCUCGUGGUGCAUCUUUAGAAGAUAUGGAGGUCGACGAUAGUGACCUACAAGCGUCUUUGAUUAUGUUUUCGCCGCAAAGGUCUAGCAGUUGUACGAACAUAGACAUAUGCACACAGUCAGAAAGCAAAGUGAGUGUUGAUCGUGAUCUGAGGGAACUUCCCACACAGAGCUGGAAGCAUGUAGUGGCAUCCCCUGAUCAUGGCACGACAGAGGUAGGUGGGGUGACCCGGAAACACACAGCAGAGACGUCGUCGCCAGUUCCAAUCUAUGAUAAUGCAGAUGCUGAUACAAGCGUGAUCAUGUUAUCUCCAUCACGAUCAAUACCUAAAGUCUUGAUGGAUGAUAGUCCAGUACUUUGUGUUCAGAGUGGCACACCGAUAGGUAAUAGUGAUACAACUGGAGGAAACAAUGCCGAUGACAGUGUAAUUGUUUUGUCACCGCAGAAGCCCGUGUGCAGUGUAUCAUCAGGUGGAAGUGUGGUACUUUGCGCUACAGGCGGCAUAGCUGACACCACAUUAUCAGUGGUACAGGGAGGGUCAAUCAAAGAGGAAUGUGAGGGAGGUGACUGCAUGGUAGGCGAGUCUAUCAUCGAUGUGUCUGCCAAUACAAUGCUGCGGGCGCUGAGGAAGAUACAUACCUUCACUUCAGCGCAGUCACCUGACAAGGGGGGGGUGUCUACAGGUCAUGUGGAUUGCAUGGAAGGAAUUGUUGGUAGGCCAGGAAUGUGUUCGAAUUCUGCGUCACAUAGUGACAAUAGCUCGGUGGCAAAGCUAGGGAGCUCCCGCGAUGAUAGUAACGAACAUGUGAUGAAGGAGGAAAACUUGUCGGCUAAAGAGGUGUCGAUUCAUGAGAGAGUACGAUCUGUAGACGGUGAGUCAGCCAUUAAGGUGGAGCAGUCGGUAGACGAGCAGCCGAAUAGCAGUACACAAAUGUCGGUGGAUGAGAAAGUGAGUCCCAAAAUUGAACAAUAUGUAGGUAUCAAACUCAGCCCCAAAUUGGAACACGCAGAGUAUGUAUUGGCUGGUUUGGGCUCAGGAUGUUCGGGCUAUCAGAAUGAGUUAAUUGGCUCGGAUAACAAAAAUUCGAUGCAAAUGGAUGAUGUGAAUCCGGAUUUGAAGACGGAAGACGACUCACAAGUAAUUGAAGGAACUGCUGACAAACCACGUGUGAGUACAGAUACGGAUGGAGAUGUGGAGAUGCAUGGGCUAGAAGUGAACACAGAAGUACGACAGAGUCAUACAAGAGUACGACAAACCGUCACAGACGUAGUGCAAAAAGGCGCAGGUGCCCCGCAGAGGAAGACAAGACAGAGUAGAAGGGCAAAUGAAUCAAAAUCUGCUUGUAGUAUUGCCAGGGCCAAAACUUCUACAGCCCCUGCUGAACAUGGAGAUGUAGAGAUGGCUGAGCCAGAGGUUCAUGCAAGCAAUGUUAAGAGCGUUGCCCUAAAGGAAUAUGCCGGUGACUAUAUAGCACCUGAGGUAGAUAAAGUCGAGGCAGAUGAUACAGCACGUAAUACAGGUGAUAUGGAGGAUACCGAGAAUACCGGUAGUCAGAUAGAUGAUACAGAAAAUUUGGAUAGUGAGAUAGGCGACGCGGCCGAUGUGAGUGGGUUGGACAGCAGGGGUAGCGAACUGGCUGAUAUAGAUAGCGUCGCGGGUGAUGGGGAUGGCACAGCAACCGAUGCCAGUGAGGGCGAGGUAUCAGAGUCAGCGCAAAUUGAUAGUGAGAUAGGCAGUGAAGCACAUCCAGCUAGUGAUAUGGAUGAUAUAGAGGACAUUCCUGUUGAAUUAGAGGAUAUCGCUGAUGCUGCUAGAGGCAUGGAUGGUACAGAGAACGUUACUACUGAGGUAGGUAAUGCAACCAAUGACAUGAGUGAGUCAGAUGAUACAACACAUGCUACUAGUAAUAUGGAUGAUAAAGCGGACAUUGCUGCUGUGGUAGACGAUACAACCAAUGAUGCGAAUGAGUUAGAGUCGGCGACAGGUGCGACGGCAAGUGGAGAAAAGAUAGCCAAGAAGCGCAAGAUACAAGGUGUACAUCGCGUACGACUGCGCAAAGCCGCUAAGGCUGUGAAUGGAGCUAAGCUGGUACAAGCUUCUAAUGAUGCGCAAAUGGAGGAGAAGUUACGCCUGGAGCGUCUGAUGGACCGUCAAAGACGCAUCAGGAUCGCUGAGCAGCAAGCAAAGCAAGAGGAACUAGGUAUGCGGAGACCAGUCUGA